CUCCCGGCUCCGGAGACAGGGAAGGUGGCGCGCGCGCGCUAUAGUCACGUGCUAAGGGGGCGUGGCCUGUUCCUCACGUGACUGAGGGGACCCGGAGCUCGCGCCCCAGUACGGAAGGGAAGAUGGCGGCGGAGAGGGAGCCCCCUCCGCUCGGGGAAGCCAGGCAGCCCGAGCUCGAGGAGCUGGAGGACGGCGAGGAUUUGUUCACCAGCACCGUGUCCACCCUGGAGUCAAGCCCAUCGUCUCCGGAACCAGCCAGUCUUCCUACAGAAGACAUCAGCAUAAACUCUAAUGGUCCAAAGCCUGCAGAAAUCAUACUAGAUGAUGACAGGGAAGACCUUUUUGCUGCUACAGAAGAGGUUUCUCUGGACAGUCCAGAAAGGGAACCAAUACUGUCUCCAGAUCCUACUCCUGCAAUCACUCCUGUAACGCCCACUACACUAGUAACUCCCAGAAUGGAAUCAAAAAGUAUAACAGCCCCUGUGAUUUUUGAUAGAUCCAGGGAAGAGAUUGAAGAGGAAGCAAAUGGAGAUGUAUUUGAUAUAGAAAUCAAUGUCUCAGACCCAGAGAAAGUUGGGGAUGGCAUGAAUGCUUACAUGGCAUACAGAGUAACAACAAAGACAUCACUUUCUAUGUUUCACAAAAAUGAAUUCUCUGUUAAAAGAAGAUUCAGUGACUUUCUUGGUUUGCACAGCAAAUUAGCAACAAAAUACCUGCACGUUGGUUACAUUGUGCCUCCAGCGCCAGAAAAAAGUAUUGUAGGCAUGACCAAGGUUAAAGUAGGCAAGGAAGAUUCAUCAUCUACAGAAUUUGUAGAAAAAAGAAGAGCUGCACUAGAAAGGUAUCUACAACGAACAGUAAAACACCCAACCUUGUUACAGGAUCCUGAUUUAAGGCAGUUCUUGGAAAGUUCUGAGCUGCCGAGAGCAGUUAACACCCAGGCUCUGAGUGGAGCAGGAAUAUUGAGGAUGGUGAACAAGGCUGCCGACGCUGUCAACAAAAUGACAAUCAAGAUGAAUGAAUCGGAUGCAUGGUUUGAGGAAAAACAACAACAAUUUGAGAAUCUGGAUCAGCAACUUAGGAAACUUCAUGCCAGUGUAGAAGCCUUGGUCUGCCACAGAAAAGAGCUUUCAGCCAACACAGCUGCCUUCGCUAAAAGUGCUGCCAUGUUAGGUAACUCUGAGGACCACACUGCUUUAUCUAGAGCUUUGUCUCAGCUUGCAGAAGUUGAGGAGAAAAUAGACCAGUUACAUCAAGAACAAGCUUUUGCUGACUUCUAUGUGUUCUCAGAACUGCUCGGUGACUACAUUCGUCUUAUUGCUGCAGUAAAAGGUGUGUUAGAUCAUCGAAUGAAAUGUUGGCAGAAAUGGCAAGAUGCUCAGGUCACUUUACAGAAAAAACGUGAGGCUGAAGCAAAGCUCCAACUUGCCAACAAACCUGAUAAACUGCAGCAAGCUAAGGAUGAGAUAAAGGAGGAAAUUGAAGAGUGGGAGACAAAAGUUCAGCAAGGGGAGAGAGACUUUGAACAGAUCUCCAAAACCAUACGCAAAGAAGUAGGAAGAUUUGAGAAGGAACGAGUGAAAGACUUUAAAACUGUUAUUAUCAAGUACUUAGAAUCAUUAGUGCAAACACAACAGCAGCUGAUAAAAUACUGGGAGGCAUUCCUACCUGAAGCCAAAGCCAUUGCCUAGAAAGGAGAAUAUUCCAAACCAGAAGACACUUUGGAUGUUUGUCCCGGUUAAGCUAAAUUCCACAGUGAAAUCACUUUAAAAUCAUUCAAAUAAACCACUAUAUAUUUUAUGAAUUACCAUGUCUUUUUUUUAUAUACUACAGCAUUUUAUUAACAAGCUGCAUGUCCUGACCCUCUUUGAAGUGGACUGUGGCAUGAUAUUCUGCAAUAUUUUGCUGAAUUGAACACUAUUGUGUCUUAAUACUUGCACUAAAAUGUGCACUGCAAGGCCAGAAAGUUACGAUAUUUUUGUUCUUUACAAUACAAUAUGUUCUGUAGUAUGUUUACCUGAUCUUUAUUAAACAAAUUUAAUUGCAUUGAUUAAUGUUCACUUACACAUUCCUGUACAAAAUCAUGAUUUUGUGAUUACAAAAAUAAAGGGAUGUACCUUGU